AGAAAAGCUUUUUUUUCAGGAAAUUAGAUAAGCUUGAGCUGCACUUCAUUUUUCCACGUUUUCUCUGUAUCUGUAUGUUUCUGUAAUCCCCACACUUGCUCUCACUUAAUUUGCUAUGAUUUAUCUAUUUUUUGAUCCAUCGAGUGCAGAGAAUCGAAGUUAAACCGGAGAACAAAUGGCGGCUAUGUUUUGCUAUGAAGUCGCAGGAUGGAUCGAGCUCACGAAAUCGGGGGGCAGUCACAGGCAAGUGUGGAGGCGGAGAAAAUUGGCGAAAAAAGAUAAAAUGAGGAUACAAAGAGUUCCGUUUCUUGAGGAACAGGUGAGGAGGAUAAGGGAGACGGGUGAGCUCCUGACAAUGGACAUCGAGAGGCUAUUACUCUCGGAGGAUAACUGGUUUGAUUUUGUGAAUGAAGUUGCAGCAGAGGCGAAGCAGUACGUAGAGAACAACCGUGAUGAGUAUGGUGCUAAGAAGGCAAUCCUCCACGUCAUCAGCAACCGUAUGAAUGACUCUGGAGUUCACCGUCCUGAGGCAUACAGGGAAGAUGAUCCUUUCAAGCCAGGGCCUGGCUUCCUAAGGCAAGAACUCUAUGAUAAAUAAAUACUACUACUGGUUUUGUUAUAUCCUAGUACGAGCAUGUUCUUAUUCGAGCUAGUAUUGAUAUUACUGAGAUCUACUAUACAAAACUAUGUUUUGAGAGGUAUUUGGAUACAAUUGGAAAA